AACUCGGAAUGCAUAUUGAAACUUAACUUGGUAAACAGGAACCUAUUUGAUUAAGUUACAAUGGCUGACACAGACGAUGACAUAGAAAAAGCAGAAAACCUGCCCCAAGAUCCUCCACAACCAGUGGUUGAUCGGGAAGAAAUUGAGCAUCAAAGAAUCGUCAGCAAAGAAAGACUCACAAUGGACAACACAAAGAAUGUCACAGAGCAUGCAGAACAUAUAAUUCCUGUUCCAGAAACUGUUACACCUGAAGUCGAAACACCAGGGUUAAAAAAUCCAGCACAUUUAAAUGUGGAAGAAAUACUGUUUGUUCCGUCUUCUGCGAGCACCAACGUCGAACAGCAGGAGUCUUUCACUGGUUUUCAGUCCAUGGAAUAUGAGUACGAAUAUGAUUGGCACGAGGGUGCAGGAUAUCUCGUUGAAAGUGGCAAAGACUAUGCAGGCCCACGUAUUACUUCCUACAACAGUGACGAUUAUAUUUCAGGUCCAACCCAUGUUAAAGGCGGGACAGUUCCCAUAAAUAUUUUGGAAUUUCAUCAUUCAUAUGCAUAUGACUGCCAAAGGCAUUUCAAUCUUUGCGUCGCAGACCCAAAUACGAUAAUUUUUGCAUCUGGUAAUUUGAUACAUUUCUUCAAUGUCCCAGAAAAUAGGAUAUGGUUCAGACGUGGGUCGACUGGUGGUGGAAUUGGUCAUAUUACUAAAAAUCCAACAUAUAAUCACAUAGCCGUUGGCGAAAAUGGAAUCAAUCCUCCUAUUAUAAUUUACGAAUGGCCAACGAUGGAGAUCGUCACCAUUUUGAUGCAGGGCACAAAGCGCUCGUAUUCUCAUUUGGCAUAUAGUCCAGAUGGACUGCUAUUAGUCUCUCAAGGAGGAGAACCAGAUUACAUGAUAACUGUAUGGAAUUGGUCAAGAGCUAGGAUCAUGCUGCGAUGCAAAUCGCAUGUUCAAGACAUCUAUAAUGUAACAUUUUCACCAUCCGUUCCUGGACACUUGACUUCAAGUGGAUCCGGUCACAUUAAGUUUUGGAAAAUGGCUAAAACUUUCACCGGCCUUAAACUGAAAGGUGAACUUGGCAGGUUUGGAAAAACCGAGAUUUCAGACAUAGUCGGAGUCUACCCGAUGCCUGAUGAAAAGGUUGUCUCUGGCUGUGAGUGGGGAAAUAUUUUGCUAUGGGACGAGGGUCUAAUAAAACUAGAAGUCUGUAAAACAGCACGAAACACUUGUCAUGCAAAAUUGAUAACACAGUUUGAAUAUAAUAACGGUGAAUUAAUGUCUGUUGGCAUGGAUGGUUGGAUUCGCAUAUGGUUUUAUGAAACUAUUGAACAAGCUGAUCCGCCAGAUGAUGAUUGCUUCAUCGAAAUUGAGCCGAUAUACGAAUUUGAAAUUGCUGAGGACAAUGCCAAAGGCGACCAUUCCAUGCUCAUGUGUGUUCAGAAAAAAGAGCCAGAAGACUUUGAGCAGUCAUUUUGGUAUGCUCAAGAUGGCAACGGCGGUUUGUGGCUAAUCGACAUCUGUACCUCUGGAGUACCAGAACCACCAAGGAAAAUAUUGACGUGCCAUGCAGGUCCUAUUGUUGACAUGAGCGUUUCGUCCUGGGGCCCAUUUGUCGUUACCUUUGGUAGGGAUGCAUAUUUACACAUCUAUAAUUACUAUACCAAGAGAUUGAUCCUGGUUCACAAGUUCCACGAUGUCGGUACUCAAAUCAGAUGGCUUCCAUGCUCGGUCGAAGCUAGUGGUUGUAGUUUAGUGUGCGCAUUUGGAAGCGGUGUUCUUCGCGUGGUCACAAUAGCCGUAGAGAAAGCCAAUUCGGCAUCGGAUAUAAAAGGUGAUUACGUUCGAUUGCUACAGGCAAUAAAACCACACUCUAGUCCCAUCACAGUUAUGUCGCUGAACGAAUCGAACAGUUUACUUGUUACCGGAGCUGAAGAUGCAACAGUGUUCGUUAUGCGCCUUCGUAAAACGAAACCUUAUCCUGUGCUUGUACCAAUUGGCUACAUCAGAGUUCCAUCAAGCCCAACCUGUCUCACAUGGAAACCUGUAGAAAUUAGGUCAAUACUGAUUGGCUGCCUCAAAGGUGAAUGUGUCGAAGUGAAAUUACCUGCCGACACUGUCGACUACACUACAGUAUCAUACGAGCUCGUACGCUGCGAGUUGCGUAUCUUCAAAUUUGUAUCCGUGAAAUCUGCGAUUCGCAGGGAGUUGUUUCACCUUAAUUUAUUGAAGAAGAAAGCAGCGAAAACUGCUGUCAAGAUGAAGCAAAUGGCACAACUUGUGGCUGAUAAUCCUGGAAUUGAAAUCGACGAGGAAGCCUUUUUAAUGGAUUCUGAAGACGAUCCGCCGUAUCCCGACAUCCAUAUACCAGAAGUGCCAAAUAAAGUGUUGUUUGCUAAUUACACGGUUGGCAAUACCAUCUGGUUAUCAAUGGCAGGAUUUGAUGCGGGGUACAUAUAUGAAUAUCCACUCCCAACAACUGGCACGAAUGUCUGUGAGCCUUGUAAAAGCACAAUGGUCUUUGAUGGAGACGAUACAGAAAUAAGCAGUUACGUGUUCUAUAAUGAUAAGAAGUAUUUGAUUCUCGGUAUGGAACAUGGUGAAAUCCGCGUUUGUCGCGUCAAUAGAGACGAUCACACAGACUUAUCAGAUUAUUGGAUAUUACCGAUGCAUGAUAAUUACAACGGAUACAUACCAAAGAUAUUGAUUAGCCAUGACAAUAGAAUGCUACUGACCUGCGGACAUGAUGGAAAUUUGUUUUCGUAUUUGAUUAACGAUGCCGGUGAACAUACGGAGUCUUAUUUAAGUCCGGAAGUACAUGCGCCGUUUCGAAAACUGCCGGAAAAAAACACAGAUGAUAUCGAAGAACUGUCUUAUCCAAGUUUAGAAGAGGUGAUCGUAAAAGCUGAGUACAACAGAAUAAUGGCUGCGGCGAAACAGAAGAAGAAUGAGGUCUUAAAUAUAUUGAGCGGACUUGGAGAAACUUACGCAAAAAUUAUUGAUCGAAAUCGUAGUCUAAUCAAGUCUCAACAAAUACCGCAUUCGGAGUUCGAGUUAGAUCCUAGAAUCACAACGGAUUUGAACCAACAGUUACAGGCAGAAAUGGAUCUCGUACACAGAAAAUUAGCGUUCAAAGUGGAGAAGAGCAAGCUUCAUCUCCGGAAGUUGAUGAAUCAUUUUAUAGAACCGAUCACUUGCCUUCCUUUCGAAGUUUGCAAAAUACUGUCACCAAACACUUCGGUAAAAUCAUUACGCGAGCGGAAAUUGGAUGAAACAUUUUUGAACGCUUGUACCGAAGUAGCGAGAAGGAUAAAGGAACGAGACAAUGCAGGCAGACAUGCAGAUGUUAAAGCUGAGGAAGUGGAAGAAGAAGCUGUGGAGAAAAAGAAAAUUUCAGGCGUGGAAAGUUUUCUUAAAGGAUUAAGUCCGUCAACAAUUCAGUACCGUCUGGGUGUCAAAGUCAAUCAGAUGCUGAGAAAAUACCGUGCUCGAAAAGCUAGAUUUGAAGAGCGUCAAAUGGAGUGGAAGGCAAUGUAUGCGAGUAAGCCAAAUCAGCGUGUAAAUCAUCCAGACGACGUAGCUGCUAUUGAAAAUGCAGAAAACGCGAUUGGUGAUUACAAAUUAAAGACAUCGGCAAAUUUCAGUAUUCCCAAAGAGCAAAGAGAGAAUACAUUGAACAAGUACAAACAGUUUUUGGAUGCAAGGAAAAGGGCUCACGCAAUGCGGGAAGGCUUCAAUGAUAAGUUGAGAAGUAUUAGAAGCAAGAAGGAGGCUCUGCUAUGCGAGGUUAAUGAUUUGGUACUGAAAUUGAAAAAAAUACACGCAGAGAUACCUGAAAAACGAAUCAAGCCAAUACCAACUGUCCCACAGAUUGAUUACAACAUUGAAUUUCCAGAAAGAAAUUUGAAGUUUGAGCAAUAUGUAUCAAUGGCUGAGAAAGUGAGGGAGGCAAAGCGAACUAAGAAAGGAUUUGCAACAGAAAUCGUUAACAACCCGGAAGACGAGGAACACGAAUUACUAUUGAUGGAUGAAAAAACUGUUCAGCUGGAACGGGAGAGCAGUUUGACUACAUUGUUCAUGAAAAUGCCUGAGAAAAGGUAUAGAGCUCUGUCUGUGGUAGCGGAAGAUGUAUUGCAGAGUUUGAUGUCAGGUGAUCACAUCGAAACACCUUGGGAAAGAGAAUUGAAACGUUCUCGUGUUGCUAGACAAAUCUAUGAACAAGAUUGUAUACUGGAACACAUUCAGGAAAGCUACGAGGAAUUAGAUAAAAGUUUGGACGAACUGGAGCGAGAGCGACUCCAGAUUGUAACUGAUAGCGUCUAUAUGGAGCUGUUUAUUUUAACUUUACAUCAGGAGCUGAUUGUUCUUAAGGACUUUGAAGCAAUGGAAGAUAUGUUGACCGAAAAGGUAACGGAGAAAAUCAACGAAAGGGUCACUGCCAAAAUGAAGAUACAAAUGAUGACCAGCAGAAUUGAUCAAAAGAAUAAAGAGAUUGUUAAAUUGCAUGCAAGAAUAAAAGAGCUUGUCUCAGAGUUUAUGAGCAUGAUCAGUGAAAAUAAGUUUCACGACUUUUUGAAGAGGAUCUUUAGAAAAAAGUACAAACCACCAAAACUUGAAGAUGAGUCGUCAUCGUCUUCGUCAUCAACAACAGACAGCAGCUCAGCGGAAGACGAUACAGAAAGUAUUGAUAGUCGAGAAAUUGGGCCGAUUCACCUUGAUGAAAAUACUUGCCCACCGAAUUGUGAUCGGGAAAUUUAUCUCGCAGCAUUUUCUAUGCGCGACAAACGCUACGAGUAUGAAUUUCAAAUAAAAGAGGAGCAAAAGUGUAUCGAAAGUCUUCGAAAAGAAAUCGAAAGUGAUACAAAGAAGCUGAAAGUGAUUGAAAAUGUUUUGAAAAGUAAUCAAGAUGAAUUACAAGCUUUCAUGCGAGAAAAGCAAUGUAAAUUGAAUGAUAUCGAUAUGACUGUGAUAUUAAAACUGCAUCAAUUGCAGCAUUUAAAAGACGAAAUGACCAUGGAAAAGAUUAACGACUGCGUAGUAUUUGACAAAGACAAAUUGACAAGCCUCUACGCUAGGGUAGGCGAGCUCAGGGAAGAAACAACUGAACAGAAAGCUAAACACAAAAAAAAUCGUAUGCAUUUGCAACGUAUGAAUGUUGAUUGUAAACACAUGGAUGCAGAAAUAUACAGAUUGAAAAGUCGUAUACGACAAGAAAUGAUGAAGAAAUUUGGUCAGGAAGUGUCUCUUAACACUCUUUACGAAGCUGUGUUGAGGCGCAUGAUUUACGAUAUCAAAGUUGGUCUCACUGAAAUGGUUCCGGUAUUUGAAGGUCAAAUUAAAUGCAUUCGAGAUAAAUAUGCAGAGGAGAUAAAAACCUUGGAAACGGUCAUUCAAGAUAACACUGAGAAAUUAAGCUUCUUAACGGUGUUGGAGGAGGAACAAUUGAAACUAAGGAAAGUUCUGAAACACAUUCCUGUAUCAGAAGAAGAAAUGUCGAGAAUUGAUUCAGAAUAUCGUGGAGACCUGAAGAAACUUGAAAACAUCCUUAAAAGUCAGAUGGAACAGAAAGAGUUGUUAAAGAAUGAGAUAAAAAACCUAAGUUUAAAAUCAAGACCGCUACCACCAAUUAGUUGUCAGAAAAAUGCAAAAGUGAGCAAAAAAAGUGUGAAAAAGGCAACAAGGGAAAAUGCAGUAGCGGUGAUCAAUAUGGAAACUGGAGAAGGUGUAGCACUUGAGAAAAUUGAUACCCAAGUUGAAGUUGAGGGGGAAGAAGAAGAAACUAGCAAUAGAGAAAAUGAUGACGAAGAAUGCAUAGAGACGACAACAGAAGAAAUGUAUGACAAAAAAGAAAAUUAUGAGGACAACAUGCAGCUGCAGCCGAUGGAUGAGUGCGACAAUAAUACGUCGACAAUGGUACACCACUUGCUCUCACGAAUAAUUCAGGCCUCGUUAGGAGAUGAAGAGGAGAGUGUGGAAUGGGACAUAUUGCGAGAGGUGGUGUCUAACUUGCCAAUCGGCGGCAGUAGAGAGGAAUUGCGUGCGGGAAUUGAACGAAGUAUUGAAAACAUUAUUGCGUCACUGCCACAACAAGAUGACCCGGAAAAUGUUGAAGCAAUGUGUCAAGCCAUCCGGGAGAUAAUUAACGAAAUUAUAUUUCGAUUGGACACUGAGACAAAGAUAGUAAGGAUAGACCAAGAAGAACCGCAGCGACUUGUAAAGAAAUUGCUCGAUGAUAUUGGAAUAGACAAAGAAACUGGGAUAGAUAUUACUAUUCUUCAAGAUUUGUUAGUUGAAUUGUUGGCAGAAGAAGACGGAGUAACUGCUGCAACAAAUCACCUCUUGAGCAAUCUGCCAGACAAUACUAGCGAUGAUGAGAAACAGGAUGUACGAGAACAUGCAACCAAGGUGUUCACAGAUAUUUCUCAACUGAUUAUGCAAUCCCAGGUAUCGGCCGAUGAACUUGAACACUCAGAACCAACAAUGGCAGUAAAACAUGAAGAGAGCGAGCUUCUAGAACAAACUACAGAGCUAUAUAUCGAAGAGACUCAACCUUCGCUGCCAAUAGUAGAGUUAACUAGACAGGAAUCUCAAGAAAAAAGAGAAUCGACACAGAAGAUAUCAGAAUCUGAUUCGAAAGAAUAAUCAUCUUGAAAGGAAAAAAAAAAAAAAAGAAAAUGUCGCAGCAAUAAGGAAAAGGCUGGAUAACUCUAUGACUCAGACAAGAUUUACAUAAGAAACCGUUAGUUCUACUUCAUAAACUCUCACUACGCAAUGAAACAGUAAAUACAUGUCGUAUUCACUGCUAUGUAUAACAUAUAUUCUUUUCUCAAAAAACUGUGCUCAUAGUUGAUUCCUUUACAGUGUAUUUGAAUUUCAUACAUUUGUUAAAUUUGAUUUACUGGGAGGUUCGGAAUAGUAGAUUCGUAAAAUACUUGGUACACUAACUUUAUUUUUCAUUACUUAACGGCAAAGCCCAGAAUCAACAGCUUAAUCUAAGAAUUGUUCAUAAAAGAUAACGGCUUUGCGGCAUAAGGCACCUGUCAGCCUGUAAGAAUAUAUAAGUGCUCGCAAAAAACCGAUAGUACUUCGUGUCAAUUGUCUUGUACAAUAACAUUUUCAGUAGUUGCUAUUUCAGUUAUUUUUUUUUAACAAAUAACGAACACUCGUCGUUCUGUACACCUCUGCAAAUAGCAGCAUUAAUAAAAUGAUUUUAGAAGACUAAUCUUUCAUC